AUGUCUGCCGAGCCUGAUCACUCCGAGCACAAGAAGCACCACAAGGUCAAUCUGACCGAUGCUUCGGGUGCCGAGCACAAGAAUGAGGACGAUGUCGCAACCGCAAUCCUCAAGAAGAAGAAGAAGCCCAACCAGCUGAUGGUUACCGACGCUGUCAACGAUGACAACUCAACUAUUGUCCUUUCCACCACCACGAUGGACAACCUCCAGCUCUUCCGAGGCGACACAGUUCUGGUUCGCGGCAAGAAGAGGAAGGAUACCGUACUUGUUGUGCUGUCGGAUGAUGAUCUCGACGACGGCAGCGCUCGGCUGAACCGUGUCGUUCGACACAACCUGAGGGUCAAGCACGGUGACAUGGUCACCAUCCAUCCCUGCCCUGACAUCAAAUAUGCCAAGCGCAUUGCUGUUCUCCCCAUCGCCGACACUGUCGAGGGUCUGACCGGCUCCCUGUUCGACGUUUUCCUCGCCCCGUACUUCCGCGAGGCAUACCGACCAGUUCGCCAGGGCGAUCUGUUUAUUGUACGUGGCGGUAUGCGUCAAGUCGAAUUCAAGGUUGUCGAGGUCGACCCGCCCGAGUUUGGCAUCGUCGCUCAAGAUACCGUCAUCCACUGCGAAGGUGACCCGAUCGAGCGUGACGAGGAGGAGAACAAUCUUAACGAGGUCGGCUACGAUGAUAUUGGUGGUUGCCGUAAGCAGAUGGCUCAGAUUCGCGAGAUGGUUGAGCUGCCUCUGCGCCAUCCCCAGCUUUUCAAGUCCAUCGGUAUCAAGCCGCCUCGUGGUGUCUUGCUGUACGGACCUCCGGGUACCGGUAAGACUUUGAUGGCGCGUGCUGUGGCGAACGAGACUGGCGCCUUCUUUUUCCUCAUCAACGGCCCCGAAAUCAUGUCCAAGAUGGCCGGUGAAUCCGAGUCCAACCUGAGGAAAGCCUUCGAGGAGGCCGAGAAGAACUCGCCAGCCAUCAUCUUCAUUGAUGAGAUCGACUCGAUUGCUCCCAAGCGUGAGAAGACCAACGGCGAGGUCGAGCGUCGUGUUGUCUCUCAGCUUCUGACGCUCAUGGACGGUAUGAAGGCUCGUUCCAACGUUGUGGUCAUGGCCGCCACCAACCGACCCAACUCUAUCGAUCCGGCUCUGCGUCGUUUCGGCCGCUUCGACCGUGAGGUCGACAUUGGCGUUCCUGACCCGACCGGCCGUCUCGAGAUUCUGCAGAUCCACACCAAGAACAUGAAGCUUGGUGAUGACGUCGACCUGGAGCAGAUUGCUGCCGAAACCCAUGGUUAUGUCGGUUCCGAUAUCGCUGCCCUCUGUUCCGAGGCUGCUAUGCAGCAGAUUCGCGAGAAGAUGGAUCUUAUCGACCUUGACGAGGACACGAUCGAUGCUGAGGUCCUCGACUCUCUUGGUGUUACCAUGGAGAACUUCCGCUUUGCCCUCGGUGUCUCCAAUCCCUCGGCUCUGCGCGAGGUCGCCGUUGUCGAGGUGCCCAAUGUUCGCUGGGAGGACAUUGGUGGUCUCGAGGGCGUCAAGCAGGAGCUCAAGGAGCAGGUCCAGUACCCUGUCGACCACCCCGAGAAGUUCCUCAAGUUCGGUAUGUCGCCUUCCCGAGGUGUGCUCUUUUAUGGACCCCCCGGUACGGGUAAGACUAUGUUGGCCAAGGCCGUCGCCAACGAGUGCUCUGCCAACUUCAUCUCCGUCAAGGGUCCUGAGCUCCUCAGCAUGUGGUUUGGUGAGUCCGAGAGCAACAUCCGUGACAUCUUCGACAAGGCUAGGGCUGCCGCGCCCUGCAUUGUCUUCUUGGACGAGUUGGACUCCAUCGCCAAGGCCCGUGGCGGCUCGGUUGGUGAUGCCGGUGGCGCGUCCGACCGUGUUGUUAACCAGCUUCUGACCGAAAUGGAUGGUAUGACUUCGAAGAAGAAUGUCUUCGUUAUCGGUGCCACCAACCGUCCGGAGCAGCUUGAUCCCGCUCUGUGCCGUCCGGGUCGUCUGGACUCUCUUAUCUAUGUUCCUCUUCCCGACGAGGAGGGCCGUCUUGGUAUCCUCAAGGCCCAGCUGCGCAAGACCCCUGUCUCUGGCGAUAUCGACCUGAACUACAUCGCUUCCAAGACUCACGGCUUCUCCGGUGCCGAUCUUGGUUUCAUCACCCAGCGUGCUGUCAAGAUUGCCAUCAAGGAGGCUAUCAACGCUGAUAUUGAGCGUACCAAGGCCCGCGAGGCUGCUGGCGAGGAUAUCGACAUGGAGGAUGAUGCUGAGGAUCCCGUCCCGGAGCUGACUAGGCGACACUUCGAAGAGGCCAUGCAGAUGGCCCGUCGCUCUGUCACGGACGUCGAGAUCCGUCGUUACGAGGCCUUCGCCCAGCAGAUGAAGAAUGCUGGUCCCGGCGCUUACUUCAAGUUCCCCGAGGGUGGCGUCGACUCUGCUGCUGCCGCCGACAACGGUGGCCAGUCCUUUGGCGAUGCUGGAAAUGACGACGGUCUCUACGAUUAA